AUGGAGACCCUCGGGAGGGGAUGGCUGUCACCCAGGCUCGUGCUGUGCUGUGCCUUUUGGGGACUCUGCCUGGCCUCUCCAGACUACGAUGAUUACUCUCAGAACAGCACCAACGAGCCGGUAACGACACCAGAGAUCACACCGUGUCCCCGAGCCAUUCCUGGGGAAAAGGCAACGAUAAACAACAUCACGUACCUGUUGAUACACCAGGCCACACGCUCUCAGCUGGGCAGCGUGGUCACAGUGCGGAUCAUCCCCUGCCUCUACACCCUGGUGUUCCUGGUGGGGCUGCCUUCCAACGGGUUGGCCCUGUGGGUCCUGGCCACCAGGGCUGAGAAGCUGACCUCCACUGUCUUUCUGAUGAACUUGGCUGCAGCAGAUCUGCUGCUCGUGUUGGUGCUCCCUUUCAAGAUUUUCUACUAUUUCCUGGGGAACAACUGGCCCUUUGGGGAAGGCCUGUGCCGGCUCACCACAGCUUUCUUCUACGGGAACAUGUACUGCUCAGUGCUGCUGCUCACGUGCAUCAGCGUUGACCGGUAUCUGGCUGUAGUGCAUCCUUUCUUUUCACGUUCCUUCCGCACCCCUGCCUUUGCUGCCUGCACCUGCGCUGCCAUCUGGCUCUGUGCUGUCGUCCUCACCCUGCCCCUGACUCUGCAGCAGCAGUCAUAUCCCCUGUACGGAGCAGACAUCACUCUCUGCCACGAUGUUCUCCCCAGGCACGAGGAUGACGGGUAUUACUUUUACUACUUCAUCUGCCUGAUCGCCUCUGCUUUCCUUGCUCCUCUGGUAGUGAUGCUGUUCAGCUACUGCUCAGUAUUGCGAACCCUCCUGGGCAGUGGGAAGCGGUACUCCUACUCUAUGAAGCUCACGGCUCUUGUGCUAUUCACACUUGUGGCCUUCUACACACCCAGCAACGUUCUCCUCCUUGUUCAUUACUCCAGCUAUAACUCCAAGCUGUAUGGCAACCUGUAUAUCACGUACAUGGUGAGCCUGGCCGUCAGUACCUUUAACAGCUGUGCUGAUCCCUUUGUCUACUACUACGUUUCUGAAGACUUCAGGGAUAAGGUGAGAAGGAGAUUCUUCAGUCACAGAAAACAAAACACCACGUCCCUAAAAACCUCCAAGGAAACACUCCCUCAAAAAAGUUCCAAAGAUUCACUGGUGUAA